AUGUCCGGCGGCGGACUCAAGUUCUGGAAGCCAGGGACUGCGGGACCUGGCAGCUCCCUUGACCGCGAGACAGAAACAGAAGGGAAUGUGAUACAAUCUGCCCCUGCGUACGCGUCGCUGUCGAUCCAGGCGCAGAGGGAACAUCUCCCGAUCUACAAGCAUAGGGACAAGCUACUGUACUGCGUGGAGAAGCAUGGGGUGACCAUAGUGGUCGGGCAGACGGGGUGUGGGAAGACGACGCAGCUACCACAGUAUCUAUACGAAGCCGGAUGGGCGGCGGAUGGACGAGUCAUUGCGUGCACGCAGCCGCGGCGCGUGGCAGCGACAUCAGUUGCAGGGAGGGUAGCGAACGAAGUGGGAUCGGUGCUGGGGGACGAGGUGGGAUACACCAUCCGUUUCGAGGAUGUCAGCGACAAGGAGAGGACGCGAAUCCUCUACAUGACGGACGGCAUGCUCUUCCGCGAAACGCUCGUCGACCCGCUCCUCACACGCUAUAGCGUGAUCAUGAUCGACGAAGUCCAUGAGCGCAGCGUCUACACCGACCUCCUGCUCGGCGUGCUCAAAAAAAUCCGACGAAGACGUCCUGAGCUACGUCUCAUUGUCUCAUCCGCAACCGUUGACGCGACGACGUUCCUGGAGUACUUCCGCGCGAACACGCCCGCCGGGGACGAUGAGGCUGCCAUAGCGAGUUUGGAGGGAAGGAUGUUCCCCGUGGAGGUGGCCUAUCUGAAGGAGCCUGUGCCGGACUAUGUGAGGAAGGCGGCGGAGGUGGUGGGGGAUAUCCAUCUGAAGCACGGUCCUGGAGACAUUUUGGUCUUUUUGACAGGGCGAGAGGAGAUCGAGCGAUGUUUGGAGGAGCUUUCUGAGCUUCUGCCGACCAUGCCCAAAGGCAGGGACAGGCUGGUACCGCUGGCGCUGCAUGCAGGUCUUUCGACAGAGGAACAAAUGGCUGUCUUCGAGCGGGCUGCUCCGGGAACGCGAAAGGUGGUUGUCUCGACGAAUAUAGCGGAGGCGAGCGUCACGAUAAACGGCAUCAAGUACGUUGUGGACAGUGGAUUUGUGAAGAUCCGCACCUAUAACCCCACCACAGCUCUCGCCUCCCUUGCCACGGUACCCGUCUCCGUCGCCUCCGCCACUCAACGCGCCGGACGUGCCGGGCGCACGUCGGCCGGUGUCUGCUACCGCCUCUACACUGAAGCCGCCUUUGCCACCCUCCCCCUCAGCACGCCUCCAGAAAUCGCCCGGACCGACAUGACGACGCACAUCCUCCAGUUGAAGGCCCUCGGCAUCGACGACCUAAUGAAGUUCGAGUGGGUGACGGCGCCGCCAGCAGAGAGCGUCCUGCGCGCGCUCGAAGGACUGGUGGCCACGGGCAUGAUCGGCGAGGACGGGCGGAUGACGCCCACCGGUGAGAGGGUGGCGGAGUGUCCGGUGGAGGUCGGGCUGGCGCGGAUGCUGUUCAGCUCGAAGGAGUAUGGAUGUGGGGAGGAGAUUUUGACGAUUGCGGCGAUGACGGCGAUUCAGGAUGCGUUCGUGAUUCCGGAUGGGGCGCCGGGGGCGUUGGCGGAGUUGGAGAGGAGAAAGUUUACGGCGGAGGAGGGGGAUCAUAUCACCCUUCUGAACGCCUACAACGCAUUCGUGCGCUACGGGAAAUCUGCGGGCUGGUGUCGUUCGCAUGCGCUGUCCUUCCGUGCUAUGUCCCGCGCAAUGUCGAUCCGCUCGCAGCUCAAGAAGUACAUGCAGCGCUUCGGGCUGCCGCUGAAGAGCUGCGAGGGGGAUGCGGUGCGGGUGAGGAAGUGCUUAGUGUCAGGAUACUACAGGAAUGCCGCGCGGUGGAUGCCAGAUGGGACGUACAGGUCGGUCAGAGGGAAUCAGACGUUACAUGUGCAUCCGACAUCGGUGCUGUUCACAAGGAAACCGCGGACCGGAUGGGUGAUCUUCCAUGAAAUGGAGGAGACGAAGAAAACCCAGUGA